GCUAUCAUGACGGAUAUUCCCACAAUCAUGCCAGACGUCGAGAGGCUGGGCUCUCAGCUGGACAACCUCGAAGAUGCGCUUGAGCCUUUGCUGGGGAAUCUCAGCGAGAUGUCCUCCCAGCUGCCCUUGUUGGACCGGGCCAAGCUGUUUUCUAUGGCGGCGUAUGCCAUUGAAUCUCUCCUAUUCUCGUCUUUGAAGAUCCAGGGGGCUGAUGCGCAGAACCACGCGGUCUUUGCCGAGCUCAAGAGGAUUCAGCAGUACUUUGCAAAGAUCAAAGCGGCAGAGGAACCCGCAGGCCAGCGCAAGCUCGUCGUCAACCAGGAGGCUGCCGCGCGUGUACUAAAGGCGGAUUUGAGCGACAACAAGCCUCUGAGCGCCAAGUUGGCCGAAAAGAUUGCCGAGGAACGCGCAAGAGCUCUGCUCAAGGCCGCCGAAAGCAAGAAGCGUGCCGCAGACGACGCGACUGAGCCUGCCGCCUCUUCGCCAUCAAGUCAGAAGAAGCCCAAGACGAAGGGCAAGGCCAAGAACACGAAAAGCAAGAAAUGA